UAGCGCGGAUUGACUUGUGGUAUGGAAUCAUAAGGCGGUUUUUGGGUUUGAUUAUUUCUGUUACGUUAUCUAGUGGAAAAGACUGUCUUUUCCAGUUACUUGAUAUAGGACAAAGUGAUUAGAAGUGUCCAACUUAGAUAUGGCUGGUUAACUCGGAAAGGUCCAUAGGUGAACGUUGAAAAGUUGAUAAAAUUUAUGAAGCAGAAAAAUAACAUCAUCGGAUUGCUUUGUUAAACAAGUUGGAGUGGUCAAUUUUGAAACAUCUUGUUAAUCGAUUCAUUGCACAAACUAUACUUACCAGCUCAUUCUCACGGAGAUUCAAAUGCAACUAGUUCGCACGGUGAAGAAAAAACCAGUGCAACUAUAAUUUUGGCGAAGCAUGCAAGCAUUGGAAAAUCGCAAUUAGUGUUUUCGUUGGAGAAUUUUCGCGUGUCGGCAUGUGUGGUAAUAUAUAAAUGUUUCGUGCUGCGAGCAAAUAAAAAAGAGCUUGUGAGAAAAAACGUUCAAUUUCUAUAAUACGAGCAAGUGUUUGAUCUGCUCUCGUUGUGUGCCUCUAUAUUGGUCCAAUAUUGAUGUGGUGGUCGUUGUUCCAAAAAUAAAACUUCGAAUAUUCAUACCAUUCUGCUUGGUGCAAUCACUGCUGGUGGUGGAGCUCUUCCCCCUUGAUGGGUGGUGAUGAACAACAUCUUUUUUCUUGUGAGUGAGUUUAUGUGGAAAAUGUGAAGCCGCACAGAAGCGCGAGAGAGAGAGAGAAAAAAUAAAAAAUACACAUCGAGGUCUUGUUUGUUUUUGUAGAAUGUUUUGAUUUUAAAUAAACGAGUUAAUUAGAAGCAGAUUAACAGCCAGUAAUCACCUGCAGGUGGUCUCCCUAUAACGCUCGGGUCAGGACGGGUCGUGAAAUUGUUUUACCACUAAAGAUCCCUGUCCGGCAAUGUCUACACGCCGCACCGGACCACCCCAAGGCCUGCCGAGCCCAGCUCAGCUUCCGCUGCCAUACGAAAGUGAGAAGAAGCAGCGCAGCAAAUGUAUGUCCUUCGUAUGCUGCAUGUGGAAGGUGUUCACGUGCAUUUUCUCGCACGUCACUCUGGUGGCGAUGGUCGUUGCCUAUUGCUUCCUGGGUGCGGUUACUUUCGAACAUCUGGAGGCGGAAAACGAGCGCAAUGUAAAGAAAGGCAUCAGUUCCAUUCGUGUUAAUCUAACAGACGCAAUUUGGAAGAUGACUAAUGAUAAACCGGUGCUGCAUCAGCACAAUUGGACGGAAGCUGCUGUCAUCCACCUUCAGUCAUUCGAGAAAGAAAUUCUCACUGCCAUGAAAAAGGAUGGCUGGGACGGUAUCGAGGAUGUCGAUCAGAUUCAGUGGACGUUCUUUGGAGCGUUGUUUUAUUCCAUAAUUAUAAUCACCACUAUCGGUUACGGACAUAUUGCACCCAAGACGCACAUGGGAAAGAUUUCAACAAUCUUCUACGCCAUUCUGGGAAUUCCGUUGAUGCUGCUCUGUUUGUCUAAUAUCGGCGACAUAAUGGCCAGUUCGUUUAGAUUCCUCUACUGGCGAGUUUGCUGCUACGUGUGCACCCGGGAACCGAAGCGAUCCAACUCGAAACGCAGCCGCGUUGGGAGGGGCACGAUUCGACAAGGGCGGAGCUCUAUGCGGUCCCAGCCUGCUGGAAGCAGUAUCCGACGGUCUGUCCGGAAUUCACAACGCUCGGCUGAUUCUGGAUUCGAUCCCUACUAUGAUCCUGGAAUGGGUCACGCCUAUUCCGAAGCAGAUUGCAGAUAUAACGAUGGCGGUUACUAUCCUGAAGGAGACCGGUCGAUACAACGAAAUACAAAUGGGCCUCCCCCUCCACGUUACAGUGGCCAUAAUGGGACCGGAAGGGAUCGUUACCGCGAUAGAGCUACUUUGGAAAAUGAGCGAGGCUACCAAGAACAAAACGGGUAUGGCGAUGACGAAUAUACCAGCACACCCCAGCAGAUGAAACGUCAGAUGCGAGCAGAAUCAAUGGGAAGAGAAAUAGCUCAGCCGAGAGGAUCUCAAAACUUUAGAAACUCUGAAGGAAACUACUCUGGCGUCUAUAGAAACAAUAUACAGAAGUCGCCAGCAAUGAGAGCUCAAUCACUAGACCGUCGAAUGCUUCGUCGAGACCCCCAAAUGAUGGAAUUCGACGAAGAUAGUGGACCAGGCAAGACUCCAAUUCUUUGCAACAAAUACGCACUGGAUGAAGUUCAGGAACGCAAUAGCCCAGCGCGUGGUGCGGGUGGUUCAAGAGGAAGAGGUAGUGACAUUCGACCUCCAGCGAAUCCACGCAGUCAAUCGAUGCCUCGACAUUCGCGCUAUGGGGAUCGUUUGAUGCCUGAUCGACUACCUUACUACAAUGAAGAUAAUGAAGUGGAGAUGCAAACUGUACGGAAACCGCACCCACCAGCAACGGGAAGACGUCGAGAGCGUCCUGUGCCAUCACCGUCGCCACGAAUAAUGUCACCGAUGGGAUUUGCGAUUCAUCGACAGGCACGUCAUCUGCAGACCGUCAUCGACGAUAGUUCACUGUACGACGACGAUUGGGACAUCCGGAGCGGAGAACUACCCCCAUCCUCCGUCGUGCGGCCUGUGCCAAUUUGGCUGUGCGUCUUUCUCGUUGUCAGCUACAUAAUUGCGGGCGCCUUCAUGUUUUCCAAGUGGGAGGAGUGGUCUUUCCUCGACUCGGCCUAUUUCUGUUUCAUCACGCUAACCACCAUCGGAUUCGGCGAUUUUGUCCCGGCACAGGGAGUGAAAAACGACUCGGAAAUUUCCAUCGCAUUGUGUUCGCUGUAUUUGCUUUUCGGAAUUGCGCUGCUAGCGAUGAGCUUCAAUCUGGUGCAGGAGGAAGUUAUCUCCAACGUGAAAAGCGUUGCCCGAAGGCUUGGCAUACUGAAGGAGGAAGAGAUGGACGAUUGAGAAAGUUUUUCCUAUCGGCUCUGGGUGACCUACAAGAGUGGUUACUCGCCCUGAAUGAAGGGUGAGUUUUAUGGGUGGUGCAGCGAUGCACGGGUGGCACAAAGUAGUAGUAAACUUUUCGUUCGGAAGCGUUUGUCUGUCUGAUUUUCCUUUCGCUCUCGUUUCUUUUUCCGGUUAUGAAUAUCCAUCUCCCUGAAACCGGGUCUGUUUAUGCUGUAGAAUUGAAUGUAAAUUGGAAAAUCGAUUUAGAAAUACAAUGGA